CCUCAACUGAAGCCCCGCCCACUUUAAAAAAGUUACGAUAAAUAUCUUUAGUGACAAAUAUAUAACUUUGGAGUUGGUUAAAAAAACACAAUUUUAACACAUGUCACUUAAAUAUAAAAGCAAUCCGUUCUGAUUGUUUACGUUAGGACGCUGUUUACGUCAUGACGUAGACGGACGUCCAUAGCAACCAAACCGGCAGGUUAUUUCACCUUAGCAACCGCAGGAAGCGAAGACCAUGGAAAGAAACGGGACAACGACAUUAAUUCACGAGCAGAUUCAACAGCUACGAGUUUCAAAUGCGAUUCUUCGGGGGGAGAGCGACAUGUUUGAGCGCUUCAUGGAGCGCCGGGAUCCCCAGGAGCUGCUGGAGCCCCAGGAGCAGCAGCAGCCGGAGCUCCAGACUGGAGGAGCGCGGCGUCUGACGGCUGAUGGGAUGCUGACCCUCAGACAAAAACUCCACAUCGCUCAGCAGGAAGUAAAAGAGACGCAACAAGAAAAAGAGAAGCUGAAGCAGAAGUUUGACCGGAUCAUCGACGGCAGGAAGGCCUCCUGGAUGGAAGCAGAUGUACGCCAAGCGGAGAUCAGGAAGUCCAGGAGCCAGUUUGAACGCAACUUAGUCAGCUUCAUGGGGAGCAGCCGGCGGGAAAGGACGGAUGCAGAAAGGCUGGUGUGCUGCAUUCAAGACGGCUCAAAGGUGACCAAACUGGAGACGCUGAACCAGAAGAACGUGGCACUGAGGCUGAAAGUGAAGAACCUUCUGCAGCAGCUAAAGCAGAAGAAGGAGAGACACGAAAAAGCCGACUUGGAGGUUCCUCUUCUGGACCAAGAAGAAGCGGCGGUGAAGACAAACAUCACGGAGAUGAAGAGGAGAUGUCGUCAAGGACAACGGGACAUCUGCUCACACAUGGGGAAGGUGCGGCGCUCGACCGCCGAGUCCUCAGAGCUGGACAGCCUCAUUCUGAAAAGGACCCAGAUGCUGGCGCACUUGGAAGAAAAGACGCAGCACGCCGAGAACGAGCGAUUGAGGGCGGAGGCUCAGCAGCAACGCCUGCGCCGUCAGCUGGAGGAUUUCCAGGUUCCUGAUGUCUCAGAAUACAUGCGGGCCAAGGCCAAACUCAGGAAGCUGCAGGCCGCUGUUCACUCCACCGAUAGGAAGGUCGCAGUCGCAGAGAGGACUCUGAAGACCUGGACCACAGAGUGGAUCAAACCAGGAGACCCCCUGAAGGCCGCAGCAGAUGCCGGACACGACUGUCAGGAAAACCCCAAUGAAGCUCCCAAGAAUCCCUGAACGUCACUUUUAAUAAAAGAAGAGAACAGAAAGAAAAGGAGAAAACAAAAA